AUGGCUGAGGAGUCCAGUACUGCUGCUGCUUCGUGCUCAAACAAUAAAAGACAGGUGUUUUUACCCGGUGGCCCGGUGGGGCAUCAUGCAAACGGACUGACUAAAGGGGCAGGCUCUACCACCUUCUCCAACAGUAAGCCUGGAGCUGCUAAGAAACUAGUCAUCAAGAACUUUAAAGAAAAGCCCAAAUUGCCAGAAAAUUACACUCAGGAGACAUGGCAGAAACUGAAGGAGGCAGUAGAAGCUAUUCAGAACAGGACUUCUAUCAAGUACAAUCUAGAGGAACUUUACCAGGCUGUGGAGAAUCUUUGCUCUCACAAGAUUUCUGCCAAACUUUACCUGCAGCUACGUUCUGCAUGUGAAGAUCAUAUUAAGGCACAGAUCGACCAGUUCAGAGAGGAUGCCUUAGAUAGUGUGCUUUUCCUCAAAAAAAUUGACAAAUGUUGGCAAGAUCAUUGCAGACAAAUGAUAAUGAUCAGGAGUAUAUUUUUGUUCUUGGAUCGUACUUAUGUUUUACAAAACUCCAUGUUGCCAUCAAUUUGGGAUAUGGGCCUGGAGCUAUUCAGGUAUUACAUAAUCAGUGAUGUGAAAGUCCAAAGUAAAACUAUCGAUGGGAUUUUGCUUCUCAUUGAGCGGGAGCGUAAUGGAGAGGCCAUUGACCGCAGUCUUCUCCGGAGCUUGUUGAGCAUGCUCUCUGACCUCCAGAUCUACCAGGACUCGUUUGAGCAGCGCUUUUUGGAGGAGACAAAUCGCCUGUAUGCUGCCGAAGGACAGCGGUUACUGCAAGAGCGAGAGGUGCCAGAAUACCUUCACCAUGUGAACAAACGUUUAGAGGAGGAAGCAGACAGAGUUAUUACUUACUUAGACCAGAGCACACAAAAACCGCUUAUUGCCACUGUGGAGAAGCAGUUACUUGGUGAACAUCUCACAGCUGUAUUGCAAAAAGGGCUGACUCAUCUCCUCGAUGAGAACAGAAUCCAGGAUCUGUCUCUUCUUUACCAACUCUUCAGUCGAGUGCGGGGCGGUGUUCAGGUCCUCCUGCAGCACUGGAUAGAAUACAUAAAGGCGUUUGGUAGCACAAUUGUAAUAAAUCCUGAAAAAGACAAGACAAUGGUGCAAGAACUACUGGACUUUAAGGACAAGGUGGACCACAUUAUAGACAUUUGCUUCUUGAAGAAUGAAAAGUUUGUUAACGCUAUGAAAGAAGCCUUUGAAACAUUUAUCAACAAACGGCCAAACAAGCCUGCUGAACUUAUAGCAAAACACGUAGAUUCAAAACUCCGAGCUGGAAACAAAGAGGCGACUGACGAGGAGCUGGAGAAGAUGCUGGACAAGAUCAUGAUAAUCUUCAGAUUCAUUUAUGGAAAAGAUGUUUUUGAGGCCUUUUAUAAGAAAGAUCUAGCAAAAAGGUUAUUAGUUGGAAAAAGUGCCUCGGUAGAUGCUGAAAAGUCAAUGUUGUCUAAGUUGAAACAUGAAUGUGGAGCAGCUUUCACAAGUAAGCUGGAAGGAAUGUUUAAAGAUAUGGAGCUGUCCAAAGACAUCAUGGUCCAGUUCAAACAGUACAUGCAGUGCCAAAAUAUUCCUGGUAACAUAGAACUCACCGUGAAUAUCCUCACCAUGGGUUAUUGGCCGACGUAUGUGCCCAUGGAGGUGCACCUUCCCCCUGAGAUGGUGAAGUUGCAGGAAAUAUUUAAAACCUUCUAUCUGGGAAAACACAGCGGCAGAAAGCUUCAGUGGCAGUCGACUCUAGGACAUUGUGUUCUAAAAGCUGAAUUCAAAGAGGGAAAGAAGGAGCUUCAAGUGUCACUUUUCCAAACACUAGUACUUCUGAUGUUUAAUGAAGGAGAGGAGUUCACAUUGGAGGAAAUCAAAUUGGCAACAGGAAUAGAGGACAGUGAGUUGCGCCGGACACUACAGUCGCUGGCUUGUGGAAAAGCCCGUGUUCUCACGAAAAUCCCAAAGAGCAAAGAUGUGGAGGAUGGAGACCGGUUUUCCUGCAAUGAUGACUUCAGACACAAACUCUUCAGGAUAAAAAUAAAUCAGAUACAGAUGAAAGAAACAGUGGAGGAGCAGGCGAGUACGACAGAAAGAGUGUUCCAGGAUCGCCAGUAUCAGAUCGACGCAGCCAUUGUGCGAAUCAUGAAAAUGCGUAAAACUUUGAGCCAUAAUCUCCUGAUGUCAGAAGUCUACAACCAACUUAAGUUCCCAGUCAAGCCUGCUGAUUUGAAGAAGAGGAUAGAGUCUCUUAUUGACAGGGACUAUAUGGAACAACCCGCGGUGAAGAAGCAGCUCUCUCCUCACAAACUCCUUCACACAGACGACCAGACUGCAGCCAUGUCCCCGUAUGCUGCAUUUCUCCUUUUCCUCGCCAUCGGCCUUGCUGAUUCUUCUUCACUAACUUAUGAAGCUGACCUAGAUGCUACUACCACUUUGCUGACUUCAACCACUGAGGACACGUCUACUACCACAACCGAGCGAGGCCCCUACUACCACAACCAAGGCUACAACCACCGAGGCCCCUACUACCACAACCAAGGCUACAACCACCGAGGCCCCUACUACCACAACCAAGGCUACAACCACCGAGGCCCCUACUACCACAACCAAGGCUACAACCACCGAGGCCCCUACUACCACAACCAAGGCUACAACCACCGAGGCCCCUACUACCACAACCAAGGCUACAACCACCGAGGCCCCUACUACCACAACCAAGGCUACAACCACCGAGGCCCCUACUACCACAACCAAGGCUACAACCACCGAGGCCCCUACUACCACAACCAAGGCUACAACCACCGAGGCCCCUACUACCACAACUCAUGCACCUACUACCACAACUCCUGCACCAACUCUCCCCACUCCCAACAUACACCAUUUGGGUUUCGCCUUGGCUUUCAUGGAGUUAAAUACGAGGAGAUAAACUUUGAGUUCACCAAUGAAACUAUUGUCUCUGGAAUUUGUGGAGAGGACUACAGUGAGCUCUGGAUCCAAGCUGAAACUCUAACUCUCAAUUUGACCUUCUUUAACGACUCAAAGAAGUUCAGCCUCCAUGCUCUCAAUGCAACGGGAAAAAUGAGCUCUGGAGUUUCAUUCAUGGAACAUAAUGACAACAUGACCCUCUGGCAAGCAUCUCUGGGCAGCUCCUACAUGUGCAACAAAGAGCAGAAUCAUACAAUCACAAACAAGCUGACAAUGUUCACUUUUGAACUCCAAGUGCAGCCUUUUGGUGUCAAGAAAGAUUCUUUUAGUACGGCUGAGGACUGCAUGCCUGAUGGGGAGAGCUUCAUAGUUCCCAUAGCUGUCGGAGUAGCCCUGCUUGUUCUCAUUCUUAUCGUUCUGGUGGCCUAUUUCAUCGGAAGAAAGAGAAACAUGGCCAGGGCUGAGGAAUGCUUCCUGGACUCUGAUUUGAGCUUUUUGGUCCCCAUUGCAGUGGGUGUGGCCCUCAGCUUCCUAAUCAUCCUUGUGCUUAUCUCUUAUCUGAUUGGCCGGAGGAAGAGCCGCACUGGUUACCAGUCUGUAUAA